GGCGUCAUCGCCCCGCGCGGCCCCAAGCGGACGUGGAACCGGUGGGCGCAGAUGGCGGCGACGGGGGCGGAGGCGACCUGCGAGCCCGGGCCGGGACCUGAGCUGUUGGUGGCCUGGGACACCGUGAGCGUCGGGCUGGUACCGCCGGCUGCGCUGGGGCUGGCGUCCUCCCGGACCAACGGGACUGUCCCGCCAAAGGAGGAGGAGCUCCGGGCGGCGGUGGAGGUGCUGAGGGGCCACGGUUUGCAUUCGGUUCUGGAGGAGUGGUUCGUGGAGGUGCUGCAGAACGACCUGCAGGCCAACAUCGCCCCGGAGUUCUGGAAUGCCAUAUCCCAGCGCGAGAACUCUGCUGAUGAACCCCAGUGCCUUCAGCUGCUCCUUGAUGCUUUUGGCUUGCUGGAGAGCCGCCUGCAUCCCUACCUAAGAAGCCUCGAGCUCCUGGAGAAGUGGACUCGCCUGGGCCUGCUGAUGGGCACUGGUGCUCAGGGACUGCGGGAAAAGGUCCACACCAUGGUGCGGGGUGUUCUCUUUUUUUCCACUCCCAGAAGCUUCCAGGACACGAUUCAGUGUCUCUACAGCCGCUACUUGAGAGUCUAUAUGCAGAGUAAGAGAAAAGGGGAAGGGGGCACAGAUCCGGAGCUGGAGGGGGAAUUGGACAGCCGGUAUGCCCGCCGCCGGUACUACCGGCUCCUGCAAAGCCCACUGUGUGCCGGCUGCGGCAGCGACAAGCAGCAGUGCUGGUGUCGCCAGGCUCUGGAGCAGUUCCAGCAGCUCAGCCAGAUCCUACAUAGGCUUGGUUUGCUGGAGCGCGUCAGCGCCGAGGCGGUGACUACCACCCUGCACCAGGUGACGCGGGAGCGGAUGGAAGACCGCUGCCGGGGCGAGUAUGAGCGCUCCUUCCUGCGGGAGUUCCACAAGUGGAUCGAGAGGGUGGUUGGCUGGCUUGGCAAAGUGUUCCUGCAGGACGGCCCUGCCAGGCCCGCAUCUCCCGAGGCUGGUGGCACGCUGCGCCGCUGGCGCUGCCAUGUGCAGCGGUUCUUCUACCGUGCCUACGCCAGCAUGCGCAUCGAGGAGCUCUUCAGCAUCAUCCGAGACUUCCCGGACUCCCGGCCGGCCAUAGAGGACCUGAAGUACUGCCUGGAGAGGACUGGCCAGCGGCAGCAGCUGCUCAUGUCCCUCAAGGCGGCGCUGGAGACACGGCUCCUGCACCCAGGCGUCAACACGUGUGACAUCAUCACCCUCUACAUCUCGGCCAUCAAGGCCCUGCGCGUGCUCGACUCCUCCAUGGUCAUCCUCGAGGUGGCCUGCGAGCCUGUCCGCCGCUACCUCAGGACGCGGGAGGACACCGUGAGGCAGAUUGUGGCCGGGCUGACGGGGGACUCAGAUGGGACCGGGGACCUGGCUGUUGAGCUGUCCAAGACAGACCCGGCGAGCCUGGAGACCGGCCAGGACAGUGAGGACGACUCUGGCGAGCCCGAGGACUGGGUGCCUGACCCCGUGGACGCUGACCCAGGGAAGUCGAGCUCCAAGCGGCGUUCCUCGGACAUCAUCAGCCUGCUGGUCAGCAUCUACGGCAGCAAGGACCUCUUCAUCAACGAGUACCGCUCGCUGCUGGCCGACCGCCUGCUGCACCAGUUCAGCUUCAGCCCCGAGCGGGAGAUCCGGAAUGUGGAGCUGCUGAAGCUGCGCUUUGGUGAUGCCCCGAUGCAUUUCUGCGAGGUCAUGCUGAAGGACAUGGCGGACUCCCGCCGCAUCAACGCCAACAUCCGGGAGGAGGACGAGAGGCGCCCUGCUGAGGAGCAGCCACUGUUCGGGGUCUAUGCUGUUAUCUUGUCCAGCGAGUUCUGGCCGCCCUUCAAGGAUGAGAAGCUGGAGGUCCCCGAGGCCAUCAGGGAGGCCCUGGAGGCCUACUGCAGGAAGUACGAGAAGCUGAAGGCCAUGCGGACGCUCAGCUGGAAGCAUACGCUGGGCCUGGUGACGAUGGACGUGGAGCUGACUGACCGCACCCUGUCCGUGGCCGUGACCCCCGUGCAGGCGGUGAUCCUGCUCUACUUCCAGGACCAAGCCACCUGGAGCCUGGAGGCGCUGAGCAAGGUGGUGAAGAUGCCGGCAGCGCUGCUGCGGCGGCGCAUGGCCGUGUGGCUGCAGCAGGGGGUGCUGCGCGAGGGGCCCCCAGGCACCUUCUCUGUGGUCGAGGAGGAGCGGCCGCAGGACCGGGACAGCAUGGUGCUCAUCGACAGCGACGAUGAGAGCGACUCAGGCCUGGCCUCCCAGGCCGACCAGAAGGAGGAGGAGCUGCUGCUCUUCUGGACCUACAUCCAGGCCAUGCUGACCAACCUGGAGAGCCUGUCGCUGGAGCGCAUCUACAGCAUGCUGCGCAUGUUCGUCACCACCGGCCCCGCACUGGCUGAGAUCGACCUGCAGGAGCUCCAGGGCUACCUGCAGAAGAAGGUGCGCGACCAGCAGCUCGUCUACUCGGCCGGGGUCUACCGCCUGCCCAAGAACUGCAGCUGACGCGCCCCCUGCCCUGCCUGGCCCCUCUCCCCACACCCCCUCGGCUGUGGCCGUGCAGAUUAAAGCAGAUGCAUUUGUCGUCC